UGGCAAAAGCUUUAAAUCGCAAGAGCGCUGCGCUCAGUGCUCAAAUUGAACUCGAAUCGUGCGGUACAAGAAGUCGUGCGCUGCGGGUAGUAGAAAAGAACCCCCAACCCGAAAGCAUUGUUCAACACAUUCACACACAAACAAACAGAAACACACACACACAGGCGCUGACGGUCGAGAGGCAAACAAAUUGAAAGAAAACACACGGGCAUAUUGAAAAGUUCUAUGUGAAAAGGAUAAUUGUCAGAAAUUUGCGAAGCCAAGUGAACAAAAGGAAAACCUACAUAUAAUUAACAAACCAUAGACAGCCAGACGCAAAAUGCCAACGGAAAAAUCAAUAUUCAAUCCAAAUCCGGCAAUCAGCCGCAAUGCCUACAUAUCCAGCUUCGAUGAGUACAAGAAAUUCUAUCAGGAGUCCUUGGACAAUCCGACCGAGUUUUGGUCGCGCGUUGCCAAACAAUUUCACUGGGAAACGCCAGCGGAUCCCUCAAAAUUCAUGCAAUACAAUUUCAACAUCUCCAAAGGACCCGUUUCGAUCAAAUGGAUGGAGGGCGCCUCGACCAACAUUUGCUACAACCUCCUCGAUCGAAAUGUGCGCAACGGCCUGGGCGAUCAGAUAGCGUUCUACUGGGAGGGCAACCACCCCGAUGACUAUUCGCGCGGUCUCACCUACCGCAAGCUGCUGGAGGAGGUUUGCCGAUUCGCCAACGUGCUGAAGGAUCAUGGCAUCAAGAAGGGUGAUCGCGUCUCGAUUUAUAUGCCCAUGAUCCUGGAGCUGCCCAUUGCCAUGCUGGCCUGCUCACGCAUUGGCGCCGUGCACUCGAUUGUCUUCGCGGGCUUCUCGCCGGAUUCCCUGGCGGAGCGGAUGUUCGAUUGCAAGGCCAAGCUGCUGAUUACGGCCGAUGGCGCUUGGCGUGGUGAGAAGCCGCUUUACCUGAAGGCCCUGUGCGACACGGCCCUGGAGAAGGUCGACGAGAUGGGUCACUCCGUGGAGAAAUGCAUUGUGGUGUCACAUCUGAAGCGCGUUACGCCCUGCCAGGAAAACCAUGUGGAGCAGGAUAUACCGUGGACCGAUGAUCGCGACUACUGGUGGCACGAGGAAAUGGAGGACAAGGAGCCGGCCUGCUAUCCCGAAUGGAUGGACGCCGAGGAUCCAUUGUUUAUGCUCUACACGAGCGGCUCCACGGGCAAGCCCAAGGGUGUGCUCCAUACCACGGCAGGCUACUUGCUGUAUGCGGCCACCACCUUCAAGAUUGUGUUUGACUACCAUCCCGGUGACAUCUACUGGUGCACCGCCGAUGUCGGCUGGAUCACUGGACACACCUAUGUGGUCUACGGUCCACUGGCCAAUGGCGCCACUUCGGUUAUCUUCGAGGGCACACCCUUCUAUCCCGGCAACGAUCGCUACUGGAGCGUCAUUGACAAGUAUAAGGUCACCCAGUUCUAUACGGCGCCCACGGCCAUACGUGCGCUCAUGAAGUUCGGCGAGGCGCCGGUGCUCAAGCAUAAUCUCAGCGGUCUCAAGGUUUUGGGCAGCGUUGGUGAGCCGAUUAAUCCGGAGGCUUGGCUCUGGUACUAUCGCAACAUUGGCAAGGAGCAGUGCUCCAUUGUGGACACAUUUUGGCAAACGGAAACUGGCGGUCAUGUCAUAACGCCUCUGCCCGGCGCCACGCCCAUGAAACCAGGCUCUGCUACGUUUCCCUUCUUUGGCGUCAAGCCCUUGCUGCUGGAUGAGUGCGGAAUUGAGAUCAAGGGCGAGGGCGAGGGCUACCUGGUAUUCUCGCAGCCCUGGCCGGGCAUGAUGCGCACGCUGUACAACAAUCAUGAGCGCUUCGAGGACACAUACUUCUCCAAGUUUCCCGGCUACUAUUGCACUGGAGAUGGAGCUCGUCGCGAUGCUGAUGGCUAUUUGUGGAUCACUGGCCGUGUGGAUGAUAUGUUGAACGUGUCGGGCCAUCUGAUGUCCACCGCCGAGGUGGAGUCUGUACUCACGGAGCAUCCCCGUGUCGCCGAAUCGGCUGUGGUAUCCCGGCCGCAUCCGGUCAAGGGCGAGUGCCUCUAUUGCUUCAUAACGCCCAACGAGAAUGAGGCAUUCGACCAGAAGCUGAUCGCCGACCUCAAGAAGAUGGUGCGCGAACGCAUUGGACCCUUUGCCAUGCCAGAUGUUAUACAAAAUGCGCCCGGCCUGCCCAAGACGCGCUCCGGCAAGAUAAUGCGUCGAGUGCUGCGCAAGAUAGCCGUCAACGAUCGAAAUGUGGGCGACACCUCCACGCUGGCCGAUGAGCAGAUUGUGGAGCAGCUGUUCGCCAAUCGACCCGUGGAGGCCAAGUAGACAGACAGCCCCAGACCCAGACAGAGACCCAAUGUCCGACCCCAGUUACUCUUCUUUGGAUUCUAGCUUCUAGCUUAACUCCUCUGCAAACCUCAACUUAGACAUAGUUUGCUGCGUUCGCAUUUAGGCUGGCCAAUUCGACCAGUUAAUAUCCACGUAUGCUAUUUACGUGAAACUUGUAAAUCUCCCCCCAAUCCUUUCUAUCCAAUACAUAUAUAUAUAUUUCCUAUGUUUAGCGCCAACUGUUGGCCCCGCUCGGGGCUUACAGAUUCCACCUAGUUCUUAAGCUGUGUGCGUAAGUAAGGAUCAUAUGCACUUAGGCACCCGUUAUUUUCGAUAUAUACGUUAUACAUAUAUUGAUAUUUUGAAUGUGUGAAUUGGUUCUGAAUCGUAUACAUAAAUGUCUUUAUAGAAUGUAGUUAAUAUGCUGAGCACGCACAUUUUUCUUCACAGUUCUUUUGUUUGUUUGUUGUAGUCGUAGCCUAAGUUCUUGCUAAAUUCGUUGUGAUACAAAUUUAAUUAUAUUGAUUAUGUAUGUAUUUUUAGUAGAAUUGAUAAAACAAAAUAUAUACACGAUUUCAGUAAUACCCAUUAACAACA